CGCCCUCAGUGCUCGCCGCGCUCGGCAGCGGGUGGGACGCGCGGCAGCGGCUCGCCAGUCCUUUGUGCUUGAGUGGCGGCGGACCCGCAGGCCUUCGCCGGCUCGUCCCUCUCGCCGGGCCGAGUGGCGCGCUUCCCAACGACCCAUCAUGUCGGCGGGAGCGGGCGCGGAGGCAGGCUUCUCCAGCGAGGAGCUGCUGUCGCUCCGCUUCCCGCUGCACCGCGCCUGCCGCGACGGGGACCUGGUGGCACUCUGCUCGCUGCUGCCGCACACGCCGCGCGCUCACCUGGCCGCGGAGGACUCCUUCUACGGCUGGACGCCCGUGCACUGGGCCGCGCACUUCGGAAAGUUGGAGUGCUUAAUCCAGUUGAUAAGAGCAGGCGCCUCACUGAAUGUCUCCACCACCCGGUAUGCCCAGACCCCAGCCCACAUUGCUGCUUUUGGAGGACAUCCUCAGUGUCUGGUCUGGCUGAUUCAGGCUGGGGCCAACAUUAACAAACCGGACUGUGAGGGGGAAACGCCCAUUCAUAAGGCGGCCCGCUCUGGGAGCCUGGAGUGCAUCAGUGCCCUGGUAGGGAACGGGGCUCAUACCGACCUGAGAAAUGCCAGUGGCCUGACGGCAGCAGACAUUGCACAAACCCAGGGUUUCCAAGAGUGCACCCAGUUUCUCUUGAGCCUUCAGAACCAUCAAAUGAGCCGUUUCUGUCAUAAUGGCACCUUGAGUGGAGCUCACGAGAACAUGCUUCCCAAUCACAUUAGCCUGGGAACAAAUCGAAAGAGAUGCUUGGAAGACUCGGAAUCUCUGGAAGUGAAGAAAGCUAGAACCGGAGUUCCCAGCCUGGAUCACACCAUGCCACUAGCGAAUGGUGAGGCUGAAGACGACGCUGACAGAAUGCAUGUUGACAGAGAGUUUGCUGCUGUAUCAGAUGUGAAAAACGGUAGCUCCGUGUUGAAUACAUUGACAAAUGGAAGUGUCAUCAAUGGACAUUUGGACUUCCCCUGCGUGACCCAGCUCAAUGGGAUGGAGAGCAGGAGUAAUUCGUGCUUAUCAGGAUCUAAUGGAAUUAGCAAUGGACAGCCAUUUUCCAGUGGCCAGGGUUCUGUGUGUGCUAAUGGGACUGAGGAGCCAGAAAAGACCGUGGGCGUUAGCCCUGAGAUGUGUGGGUCUCUACAUCUGAACGGGAGCCCAAGUAGCUGUGUGACCAGCAGGCCGUCCUGGGUGGGGGAUGGGGAAGAGAACUUGCACUACGGACACUACCAUGGGUUUGGGGACACUGCUGAGAGCAUCCCUGAGCUGAGCAGUGUGCUGGAGCACUCGAGCUGUGUUCGGGUGGAGCAGCGCUACGACAGUGCCGUCCUGGGCAGCAUGCAGCUGCACCACGGCUCCUGAAGGCAGGGCCUCUCCUCGCUCCAUGCAGUGGCGGCUUGCAGAGGCUGCACACACGGCCUGUGCUGGUGGUCCUGGGCUUUCUGAGAAGACUUGGAUCCACUCACAGUUAGUUCCCCAUGAGUACCGCUGGCCGCAGACGGCCUCCAGGGCGUAGACUUUGCUCCUGGGGUGGUGAGCCUCCUGCAAGGAGCAAGCACUUUGUUUUGACACCAGCCUCUCUCUCUCUCUUUUUUUUUAAUUCUGUUUGAUCAGGAUGAUAUAGGUUAGUAAAUGAGGUGCCUGGUGGCAGACACGUGGGCUUCAUUUCAGAUCAUUUACCAUUUGCUGUAGCGCUCGUGACAACUCAGCUGCUUCCUCUGCAAGAUGAAGCCUUACAGCAGUGUCUUGUGGGAAGAGGACUGUCACUUGUCAGGGCACAGUAGUCCCCGGUUUCCUAUGUAGACUACUGCCUGUGUUUCCUUAGAAACAGGCUCUGCCUAGGAUGGGUUGGGCUUUGUUGCAUUUUUAUUCCACAUUUGUACUGGUCUCUAGAUUUUUUACCACAGAUAAUGGUUUUCUUUAUAUUUAGUGGAAGUUGCUGUUUGUAGGAACAGUCAGGUCAGAAUAUUUUACUAUAGUGACCUAUUUUUUUGUUACUGUUUUUUGAGGUUUUCUGCUUAAAAUAUAUAUAUAUAUAUACCACUAUAUCCAGUUAACUGAGAGAAUUUUGGAUUUCUCUUAUUAAAACUGCAUUAAAUUUAUGGUUUUAUAGAAUUUAGCUUUUGUUUAGGCAACUAGUGGUUACGCUGCAAAUACCGCGAUGACUCCUGGUGUUUGUAAUCACAAUCGGUGCAGAUAAACUGUGAGAUGAAGAAACCAAUGUUUUAAGAGUGUGCUAGCAUUUUGUUUUUUCACCUGUUCUUUACAAAUUGAAUAAAAAACUCACUGCUGA